UCUUCAAAAGGAGAAACUUUAACACUUUAAAAAUUACCUUGCAAAAUUAUGUGACAUAUAGAUAUGUAGAAUAUAUAUCUAUAUAAAUACAUAGAUCUAUCUCGCAAAGGGCCAAUCCCCAUUUUUUUUUUUUUAAUUUAAUGCGUGUCCUUCCAAGAACUUUUUUCCCAAACCACCUACGUGGGUUACACUUGGAUCACUACACCUGAAACCCUUCCCGUGGCUCUGAGGGGUCGGUGCCCCCUCAUGACCGCCGGGCUGGUCCUGAGGGCGCUGGGUGGCACAAGCGGCCGCCUGGCACCACCACGACGGCCAGAUCCAGCCAGAACCCUGCGCGUGGCCUCCCUCCGAGGCUCCCCGCGCCGGGGAGGGGGCGAUGAGGGAGCCCGAGGGCGGCUGAAGGAGCCGCACACCCCGGGCCCGUGCCCUCCCUUCGCCCGCCAUGUUCCCGGGGCGCGGCCCUUCCCCUCCGCCCGCCAAGUCUCGCGAGAGCGGGGCUCGCCCUUCCCGUCAUGCCCCGCGCGCCCUGGCAACGCGCCGUUGCUAAGGGCGGCCGCCAUGGCGGCGCCGCCGGGGCUCGGGGCUUUCUUCGCCCUCAUCCUCCUCCUCCUUCCGCCGCCGGCGCUCCGGGCAGAAGAGCCGGCCGCGGAGCCCGCAGACGCUCGUGAUGCCGCACAGGCGCGGGUCUACAGCGCGCCGGCCCCGGUCACGGACGUUGCCAGGCUGUGCGUCUGCGACCUGCUGGUGGCACAGUGUGACGCCAACUGCUGCUGUGACCCCGACUGCAGCGCCGAGGACUUCAGCCUCUUCACCACGUGCUCGGUCCCGCUGGUCAUAGGUGACAGCCAGCUGUGUAGUCAGAAAGCUGCUGUGUAUUCUCUUGAUGUUGAAGCAAAUCCACCAGAAAGGAUAUUUAAAAUAAUUGACCAAGUCAAUCCCAGUAUUUUCUGCAUUCAUGCUACAAACUAUAAACAAGCCCUGUACCUUAAAUCCCCUGAAAUCCCAACAGCAGAAAAUUUUGAUCAGUUGCUUGACAAAUUUGGAGGUGCUACUUUCAGUGCUGAGCCUGACACCUGGAAUUUGGAUACAGAUGCUCAAAAUCCCCCUGAGGCAAAUGAAACUUCCAGAUAUGAGUAUGGGGUUCCUGUCCAGACAGAGGAUGCAUUUCUAAGGCUGCCAAGUCCUGUUGUCUCUUCUUGGUGCUCUGAUGCAAACCCUGCAGGUUUUUUAGUAAACCAAGCCACAAAAUGCAUUAGAUCAGUAAGUGUGAAAAAAUGUGACAGCAUUCAAGCACUUAGCAUGUUGUUUUAUAUCAACUCCAGCAUUUUGGCAGUGCCCAAAUCAAGUCAGAUGGUGAAUAUUACUGUCCAGUCCAUAGUUGUCCAGUCUCUGCAUGGAAUGAGGACUUUACUGAGCAGCAGUGAUGUCCUGAGGCUCCCAAUGGUUUUGGAUGAACUGUGCAUCAAUGCAGUUUUUGGGGUGAAUUAUCACAUUACCCACACAGACACAGGAGAAAUAAUAGAAGCUGCUGCUGCUUUUGUCUUGGGGGCAAUUAGCAAAGAAGAACUUUCAAUAGAGCAGAGCUUUGAAAUCAGCUUCACUCAGGAAAAUACACAGCCAGUUCCUCUCAGUGGCAAUCCUGGUUAUGUUGUUGGGCUGCCUGUCAGAGCAGGAUUCCAGCCUCAAGGAUCUGGCAUCAUUCAGAGUAGUAACAAACACAGCCAACUCACCAUUCUGCACAGCACAUCCACCCAGGACUGCCUGGCAGCACAGGGAGCCAGAGCCCCAGUAUUAUUUGGUUAUAACAUGAUAUCAGGCUGUAAGUUACGAAUUACAGCAGCUAUGAAAUGCCAGCCUUUGGCUCAGACCCUCCUUGAUGUGCUGAAGGGCCAAAGCUUUCCUGAGUAUGUGGCCUCAUUUGGGAAUUCUCAAGCCCAGGAUGUGCUCGACUGGGUGCCAAUAACUCAGCUCCACAUCUCGGAACAGGAACCAACUGGAGGAGAAAAUGAGGCUGGGAAUGCAGAAAUAAGCUGGAAGAAACUCAUGGAAUAUUCACAGAGGAGAGUUUCACUCUUGCUGUACAAGUUACAUUUAAUCAAGCUGGUAUCCAGGCACCUCAGCUAUGGAUCAGGGCAACAUAGCUCAUGCCAAAUACCUGUGUCACUGGGAAUAGAAGUGAAGUGGACUAAAUAUGGAUCCCUGGUCAAUCCACAAGCCAGGAUAGUGAAUGUUACAGCCACAAUCACUACCACCACACUGAAGCAGCUUCCCUCAGGAAGGGAAAGGAUUAUUCCUAUAACAAGUUCUGUGGUUUUCACUGACAUUUCUUCACCUGCAGAGCCAAGCUACAAAGCUUGGCCCACCAUUAACAUCAAGUUACCCUUUGACUUUUUCUAUCCCUUUGUCUAAGUUCUUUUCAUACAUGGAUUUAUGAGCUGUGGGAACAAAGAACUUUGCAGCCCCACGGGCUGUGAGGGAACAGUGAAAAAGGAAGAAGAGAUGAGGGAAUGCAGUAUCAGAACUGGGAUCUGCUGCUGGAACAAGGCAUUGUCUGACGUAAGAUGGCACAUGUUUGCCUCUAUUUUGGGGCUGAUUUCUUUGUCAGGGAAAGGAGUGGUGUGUUGUUGUUUCUGAAAUGAAUGUUAUAUAAAUAACAAAGUGGCACAAGCAGCAACAGAAAUGAGGAAACUACCAACAGUAUGAAAAGAAUGGUUGGCAAAGAGAUGUAUUGAUGAUGAACAGGCAGCUGGUAGAGAAGAAAUUACCUUUUCAGCCUGGGUUCUUAUAAUUUAUACUGUAAGUUUGUUGCAAAAAAGAAUGUUAUCACAGAAAAAAAAAUAAAUUAUUUUAAAUAAGUACUUUUCUGGA